CCAUUUUAUCUCGCCUCUAAUAUUAAUGGUUCUGUCUCCUCAUUAGUUUAUCUAAGUGGUUGGUCAUCAGAUUUCUCGAAAUUUUAGACACUUAUCCUGAAAGAACAGGUGAUUUCAGGUGAUGUGAUCAGUUGUAUCAUCGCUGAUUUUAUUUCCGCCUCGUUUGUGUGCAUUUGGUAUGUGGCACGUGUGGAUGUAUGAAAUAUACGUGCCGUGUGCAACGAGAGUAGCAAGCCAAACGGUCGCAAGCAGUCGCGUAGGAUUUAUAGUGUCGUGAGGUAGUGCAGUCAUUUUAAAGGAUUUUUCGGAUAUGGUGAAAUUUACUUGUUAGUGACGCCUUGCUGUUGAAAGUUCUCUUCCUUCGGAAACAUAAAUUCGUCCAGUAAUUAUAACUUCGUAUCAGUUUGAUCAGUCAACUGAAACAGUCGAUUAAGUGUUAUUUCUGUAGAGUUCUGUGGUGAAGUAUUUUUUUCUUAUCAGCUGUAACACAAAGCCAGGAGUGAUGGGGCGGUUCACUGGGAAGAAAUGUCGCCUUGUGUCUAUGUUUUGGCUCACUCUCUUCUUCUUCCUGGUGGAGAUUGUAGUAGGAUAUGUGACCAACUCCAUGGCGCUUGUUGCAGACAGUUUUCACAUGCUGAGUGAUGUGGCUGCAUUGGUUGUGGCCUUCCUCUCAGUCAAGAUGUCGCCAAAGAAAUGGUCAAAGAAUACAUUCGGCUGGGCUCGAGCCGAAGUGCUGGGAGCAUUGGUAAAUGCAGUAUUCCUUGUUGCGUUGUGCUUCUCUAUAACAGUAGAAGCCUGCAAGAGGUUCAUUGAAGUUGAAGAAAUACAUGAACCACGACUUAUAAUUGUAGUAGGAACAUUGGGAUUGUUAGUUAACGUUGUUGGUCUGUUUCUAUUCCAUGAGCAUGGACAUUCACAUGGUCAUUCUCACGGAGGUUUCUCACGGAGCCAUACACGGCUCACGCACUUGGUAGCUACAGAUGAUAAUGAAAACGACGAAACUUUUCAGCCACCACCAACUCCCCCUUCCCCUGUACUGGGUUCCGACAAGAAGAAAGACGAACGAUGCCAGCAGUCACACUCAAAAAAUCCAGAUGCUGCUUCACAAAUGAACAUGCGUGGCGUAUUUCUUCAUGUAUUAGCUGAUGCAUUGGGUUCCGUCAUAGUCAUUGCAUCUGCCUCAAUAGUGUACCUUACAGACUGGAAGUACAAGAACUACAUUGAUCCAGCACUUAGCCUGUUGCUUGUAUUGCUGAUCUUGCAUUCAGUGUGGCCACUACUCCAGGAAUCUGCAUUGAUUCUACUUCAGACAGUUCCAACUCAUAUACAAGUAGAUGCCAUUCAACGUCGCCUACUAGAUAAAGUUGAUGGUGUACUGGCUGUACACGAGUUCCAUGUGUGGCAGUUGGCAGGUGACCGCAUUAUUGCUUCAGCACAUAUAAGAUGCAGAAAUUUAUCAGAAUAUAUGAAAAUAGCUGAAAAAGUUAAAGAAUUUUUUCACAAUGAGGGCAUCCAUUCAACUACUAUACAACCAGAAUUUGUUGAGGUGAAUGAGUUUCCUGAGGACACUAUCCAACCAGCCCCUACGGAAGACUGUGUGUUGGAUUGCCCUAAAACGGACAAACCCUGUGCCCUGUCCACUUGUUGUGGACCUUCCAAACAUGGCCGUGAUACCCCAUCACCAGGUGACACUCCAUACUUAUGUCGGCAGCGAAACAGUGCAGCUAGCUUCAACAAUCGAGUACAAGAAUUGAGUGAAAUGGAGAGUGGACACUUACUGGCCUCUGCUGGGCCUUGCACAGCACAGGGCAAUGGUAGUUGUCCAUGCCCUUCUGUGCCGUGCCCCUCCCCUCCGUCUAAUAAGGAGUCGUGUGUUUGACGCUGGUCUCCGAGCUCGCCCUCCUUGCUGCCAGUUGUCAAGUGAGUAGCAUACCCAUGAGCCAGUGAGUAAACAUCUCUCUAGUCCACUUCAUUUCGCCGAAAUACAGUCUCCAUGGCAACCAUGUGCAUCCAGUCUCCUGAGGAAGAAGCAGUACUCUCAAGAUGCAAAAAGUAUCUUCUCUCUUGCCAGAGUACUUUGAUAACAGUGGAUUUACAAUGAUAAUUCUAUAAAGGCAUAGAUAAGACUCGUUCAUAGAGAAUGUGAUCUGAAAAAAGUGAGAAAUGGCAGGUCUUGGGAGAAUUAUUCUCCAGUAUGUGUGUGCCAGAAAUAAAGAUGAUGAGAUUGUGAAUUACAGUUCACAUUGACUCUUCAGUCCAGAUUUGACACUUAACAGAUGCAAAUUGUCCAGGUUUGAGUUUUGAAGGUGAACUGUUUCUACAACUUGGAGAAUCAAAACUUUAUAUAAUGUGUACUGAAGUGUUAUCUACCAUAACUGGUUAGUUUUGGCAAGACUUUGGAUGAAGAAUCCUUGUUGAAACGGACAGUAUUUCAGAAUUAUAAGGAAUUAUAUACUCUGCCAUGUGGGGUUAAGCAAGCAAGCUGUUAUUUAUUUAGUUGUUGUAAAGAAAACUGCAAGGAGAGUAAGGAAAAGUGGAGGUAUAUCCAUUAACAAUUUGAAGAAUGCAUUGGCAAUCAUGUGAAAAUAAAUUUUUGUGGAAUUUAUUUGUAUUUGGGUACUAUUAUAUAGAGACUUGCUGGAAGCACAUUGCAUAUGUGCUUGUGAUAGAACUGGAAGUAUAAUGAGUCUGAUGAAUGGUUAUGUGGCUUGUUUAGUUUUGUCCAGUCGAGUGUAAUCAUAUCUUAAACAGCUGAAGAGAAGGCAAUUUAUAAAAAUAUUUUAAGUAGAAGUAUACCAAUUUUAAAAUGUUAUGGCCACUUUAAUGACUUUCUAGCAAGUGCAAAGACACUAAUAAUAUUCUAGUUUUGGUGCACAGCUUGUAAGUAGAUAAUGUUACAUAAAAUUAGUAGUUAUUGUUAUUUAUUGCUUUCACAUAUGCAACAAAUUGUGAAUUUAAUGUAUCAAUGAUGUAAUGUUACAAGUGAAACAUUUGCCCAAGCUUGAGUCAUGAAAGCCAGCUUUAUGGUACUCUAUUGGCAGAAUAGUAGGAAGUGUUUUUAAAUUGUCUGAACAUGAAGGUUAUUGACUUCUGGAAUGUGGUGGUGUGUAGUGUGGUAGACCAUUAUCAACAUUUCAAAAGAUCCUGCUGCCUUCAUCUUCAAGGAAAAUAGUGCUGUUCUUCCUGGAAGAUAAAGGCAUCAGAUUCCUUUAAAACAUUAGCAAUGAUAUACUACACUACUCUGUGUCUUGUACCAGAAGACAAUAAUCCUCACAGUCACUGCCAUGAGAACUCCAGAUUUCACAUUGUCUUCAUGUAUUUGUUGAU